AUGUCUAUUAAUCUCAACGAUCGGCAAAUUAUGUCUAUUAAUCUCAACCUACCUAGUGACAAUUAUGAGCUUAAUCCGGAGCUUUUACAAGACACUUCUUCGAGUUUUUAUUCAUGGAGUCGGGUUGAGACGCGGGUUUUUCCUUGCAACUACUGUAACAGAAAAUUCUAUAGCUCACAAGCACUAGGUGGUCACCAAAAUGCACACAAGCUUGAAAGAACCUUAGCGAAGCAACGGAGGGAGCUGAUGAGCUCAGCUGUUCGACCUCAUGCAGCGUGGAACCAGCUGUCAGGUGCUUCGACACAUGUGCAGCCACCCGGCUGGUUUACCUCCAGCGAGAUGAAAUAUGCCGAGUCAAGAGAAGAGGAUGGUCAGCAUUGGGGUUCAGGUUGCCAGGCCGACAGUGUUCAUCAGGAGUUUGGGCAGCUUGAUUUGUCUCUUAGACUUUGA